AUGAGCUCGCAGACCGUUCCUCGGACAAGGAGGAGCGGAUUGUUCUCCCUGAGGCGCCCGUCGGCGGUGAAGAAAUUGGCACCUUCCGACAGCGGCGUCGGCGUUGACAACGGGACUUCCACGAAGCCCUCCUCUCCAGAUCAUCCAGUGUGAGGAAUUGGCCUAGCUUAGAUCGUGGUUUCUCAUCGGAGCUUCAUGUUCUGACUUUCGUUUUUGCUGGAAACGAAAAUGAGCAGGGCAAACGGCGGUGAGAGGACAGUGAAGAAGCUAAGGCUGUCAAAAGCUGUAACCAUCCCGGAAGCAACAAAGGUUUCUGAUGCCUGCAGAAGGAUGGCCACCCGCCGGGUGGAUGCCGUGCUUCUCACGGAUGCAACUGGCUUGCUCUCUGGGAUUAUUACGGAUAAGGUUCUCUUUCCUCUUGGUGCACGAGUUCGUUAUCCUAGUUUUCCUUUAAAAUCAAAAGUAUGAUGACCGACGUUUGUAUGGUUUUGGGACAUUCUGUUGGCUCAGGAUAUUGCUAUUAGGGUGAUAGCGGAGGGAUUAAGGCCAGAGCAAACAGUCGCCUCGAGGAUCAUGACGAGGAAUCCAAUUUUUGUCUCAUCGGGGACUCUAGCAAUUGAGGCUUUGCAGAAGAUGAUCCAAGGUUACUGUUUUCCUCUCUUCGGGCAGCGAUAAUCUUUUAAAUUCUUGUGUUCUUUUACUUUAUCAAUACUGUUUUAGAUGUUAGUAGUAUUUAUCCCUUCUUAGUAUAAAAUUCACAUGGAGAAGGAAAUGAUGGGUGUUAACUAACUAGACGGAAAAAAUCCUUAUCUCCAACUCUAGACGGAAAAGUAGCGUGCGUUUUGCCUCAUUAAUUACGACAGGAAAAUAUUUGACUUAGCGUAUCUGAAGAAUCAUAACUGAAAUUCGUGAGCUCUUGAAACAUCAUGGAGAUGGACAUUGUGGAAUUUCGGGAAGACCAAAAUGCAAGUCCAUUCAUCUGGAAAUGUAUACAUUGACGUGAGGCUGAUUGGGAACGUGUACAUUGUUUGAUAACACUGAUAGAUACACCAUGUAGUAUCAUCACCUAUUUAAUUAUAUUUAUCUGGUUCUGCCUUAUCUUUCCCCCGAUUAGAGGAUACUUAUUUUGAUUACGAGUGAUCUCAAUCAAUGUAUUAUUUAAUGUAAUGCUUGCUCAAUGGUUCUGUGCUUUGCAUUGGGAGAAUGAACAUGAGGGUUUAUGAAAUGGAGAGGUUUAGGUUGUUAUCGAUGUUUGCUAACUUUUCUAGAUUGAUGAUUAUUCUGAGGAUUUUAUUCUGAGAUGGAAAUUUACUUCCAGGGGUUCUGUUUAGAUUUGAUUCAAGUUCGUAUCGCUGUGCCUAUAUCUAACUCUAGUGUCCCCAGUCAGAGAAGUUAUUUUCUGGCUCUGCUGUGUAGCGCAUGGAUCGAGCACAUUGGAAUAACCCAUAUGAAGAGCAUAAAUCUAGAAAGUAUGUUUGCGUUCUUGAUCAUUUUGUGUCCGUCAUGGAAGCUAUCAGCAUUAACGCGGACAGUGGAGGUUCUCUGAGGGUGGAGAUAUGUUGAAAAACUAACAUUUUGUGCAUAAAUGGUGAUUUUUCUUUAUGGUGAGAAACUGUGAAUUCUUUUUGGAUGAUUUUAAGACUUUAUUAGUUGCUUUUAUGUUGAAUAGAGAGUACGGCGGAUAUCCCAAACUAAGGCCUCUCGUAAAUUUGUUUCAGUUCUACUCUGUUUUUAUUGGGACAUUGAUUCUAUUGUCUCAUGACACGGUGAAUGCGGUACCAUCUCGAAAACUAGUCAUUAUAUCUUGAAACUACAGUCUGCUUAAAAAGUUCGUGCCUUUUCGUGCGAAAUCUAUUAUCUAAUCUUUAUCGGUCCUUUUUUUAGAGUUAAAAUGUGAUAGCAUUUUUUAUGUUAUUUUCCUUAAAGAAGUGUUGAUAAAAAAAUGCUUAUUAUUGUGCCCUUCGACUCUUUUAUGUUAUUUUAUUGUAGGGAAAUUUAGGCACCUUCCAGUUGUGGAAAAUGGGGAGGUUAUUGCCUUGUUAGACAUUACAAAAUGUCUAUAUGAUGCUAUAUCGCGGAUGGAAAAGGCAGCAGAGCAAGGGAGUGCUAUUGCAGCUGCGGUAGAAGGGGUGGAGCGUCAGUGGGGAAGCGACUUUUCUGGUCAAUAACUAUCUGCUUAUGGAUUUCCUAGACUGUACCUAAUGUUGAUUGAAUUUCUACAGUUCCUUUUGUAUUUGCUGUCGCAAAUAGUUUACAUGAACGCAAUUUCAUUCGAACAGUGUUACUUUUGUGCUGUAAUAUAUUAUUUUCUUUGUAGACUCUUUUCUCCCUGGAGCAAGUUUUUUUAUAAUAUUAAUGACUUUUUAUCCUGUUUUAUUAUGGUAUUGUGUUAUUCUUGCAUUCAACGACAUUUUCUCAAAACCCACGCUUUACUUUGUUACACUUGACUGGAAGAAUUAAUACAUAGAUAUCAGCUACAUAAAACAUAGGAAGAUUAGCUUGGCUGACACUCAUAUUUCUUUUGACGUUCUUGAGUUUUCGUUGCUAUUUAUGGCUGCAGCUCAGUAUGCUUUCAUUGAAACACUUCGGGAGAGAAUGUUUAAGCCUUCUUUGUCGACCAUCAUCUCUGAGAGCCCCAAGUAAUAUUUUUACAGAGUAUUGCUAAUUUAGUUCUAUUCUAAUCCUAGUUUCAUGGAUUGAUACAGUUUUCUUGUCUUUGUAAAGAGCUGCCAUAGUAUCCCUAUCAGAUCCGGUAUAUGUUGCUGCCAAAAGGAUGCGUGAUCUUCGAGCUAGUUCAGUGAUUAUUGUGUCAGGGGGCAAGCCUCAGGGAAUUCUCACGUAUGCUUUUUGCUUGAUUGCCUUCCAUUUUCUCUAGCUGUGUGGAUGUUUUUGUAGUCAUGUGUGAUCAGCCUCCAGCUCAGACUUUCACAAUUUUUUUGUAUAUUUUCAGUUCAAAAGAUAUCCUUAUGAGGGUAGUUGCCCAGCGUCUUUCACCAGAGCUCACUCUUGUUGAGAAGGUUCCUGUCAGCAUAACUUUGUCCUCGUUGCUUUUUAAACGCCGUUUUUUCUGUUUGAAGUAUUCUGUUAAUCCAUAGAUGUCUGGAGGUUCCCAUAACAUGAUGAUGGUGCAGAAUGACAAGUAUGUACUGUCAAAGAUAAGCACUUGCUUUAAUGUACAAUCAUGUCUUCCGUAAUUAAUUCAGAAAGAUAGAUCCUCAAUAUCAAUCUGUGAUCCAAACUUAUCUGAUAAUUAGUGUAUUAUUUUCAAAGCCAAAUUGUCUCAGAUUUUCUAUGUUCGAAAACUUAGAUCAUAAGAACUUGUCAGCACUAUGCUUUUGCCGCCCAUAAAAUUCAAAUAAAUUUAUUGAUGCUUUGUAGUGAUUAAGAACUAAACUUCUAGUUCUCAAUUGAUGUGGAUUUCAGUCAUACAUAUAGAACAUACGAUGAAUCAUAAAUGAUUCACCAACUCAUUAUACGAAUAAUAUCCAAAUUCCAAAUAGGCUCUCUAUAUAACUUGUGUAAAGGAUAAGAAGUUCUUGGUAAGAUUAAAGAAAUAACUUUUUCUUCUUCCAUAUAAAAACUCAGCAACGGACCGUUAAUCACAUUAAAAACAUUCAUUCUAGCUUAUUGCUGAGUCUAAGACGAGAGAACCUUCCCUCUAAAUUAAUGGUGGGGUUCACACAUAUUCCUCAAAAUUCAUAGGAUUUUUGAACAUAUUUUCAAAAUUUAGAUGAUUGAUUUGCGCGAAGAACAUCUGAAACAACAUGACAUCUAUCUUCGUCACCCAGACUUUCUGCCUUGUGUUUCUACAUCCUUUCAAUACUAUGUUUUUACGGAAUUUUUUUAAUGCUCAAAUCGAAUUUUAUUGCGCACACUACCGGUGGUUGCAUCCAAUUUCUUUUUUAAGUUUAGCAUGCAAGGAUUUAUAAGCUUCAUUAAAUGAUACUCCGUUGCUAAUUUUUCUGCUAUCUCAUUUUUCCAACGAUUUAUUUGCUGAAGGUUAUGACAGCAAAUCCUGAGUGUGCAACUGUAGACACCACUAUUCUCGAUGCUCUUCAUAUGCUCCACGAUGGAAAGUUUCUGCAUAUUCCUGUUCUUGACAAGGGUGAGCGAACUCUUCUUUUGCCUUCAAUGAUUCGAUGCCCUUUAUGGGUUCUGUAUGCUAAUCUGUUGCAGUUUCUGUCCAGAGGGAUCUGUUGUCGCCUGUGUGGAUGUUUUGCAGCUAACCCAUGCAGCAAUUUCUUCCGUAAGAAAAAUAAAUAUGACUCUUCGAUUUUCCAAACUUGUUCUUCUAUAUGUUUUCAUAAUUUUUAAUUUUCCCCGAAUUUCCCAUCUCCAGGUGAGUGGUGAUGGCGCCAUUAAUGGCGCUGCAGACACUAUGAUGCAUAAGUUCUGGGAUUCUGUUCUCACUCUGGAUCCCCCGGACAAUGUAUCAGAAACCAACAGGUACUCUCCUCCUCAGAACAAUACCAAAUUUGAAAUUAUACAGAAAAAUAAUAAUUAUGUGAUCAUAUAGGUUAUGUAUAUAAAUAAAUAAAUAAAUAAAUUGGCUUAAGCUUCUCUCUGUCGUUUGGCUUUGAGUAGAAUGACUCAGUAAUCGCCACCAAUGGCGACCUCUGUUCAUCUUCUUGCCUCUUGUAGUGAAGCCUCUGGGUUCAUGGCAUCUGAAGGGCCUGCGUAUCCCUCUCUCGCCCUGGGGAGCUCCUUCGCCUUCAAGUUUGAGGACCACAAGGGCCGAGUGCACAGAUUCAACUGCGGUAAAUCCAAUCUCUGCCUGCCAGAUCCAUGAAAUCGUGACGACACACUCUUGGUCAACGUCGCCUCAUUGCAGGUUCAGAGCACUUGGGCGAGCUAGUUUCGGCCAUUGCCCAAAGAACUGGAGUUGACUUUUGUCAAGAUGCUCCCCAGCUCCUGGUCAGCGAUGCCUCCUCCUUCUCCCCCUGAAUCAUGCCAUCAUGUUGUUGCCGUCUGAAAUCUGCUACUCGGUGUGUUUUCUUUCUCGCAGUACGAAGAUGAUGAAGGCGACCGGGUUCUGUUAUCCACAGAUGCCGACCUCAGGGGUGCUGUGAAUCAUGCGAGAAUCUCUGGGUGGAAGGUGAUUUUUUAUAUAUAUAUUUUAUUAACGGAAAUAUGUUCACCUUUUUUUAAUAUAUUUUAUACUCAUUUUAUUAGACUUGAUCAUGGGCCCAUUUAAUGGCCGGCCCAUUGGCCAUCUGCCCCUGCCCUGCACGUCCCCCUUCUUCUGACUGUUCUCCCUCCUUCCGGGCUUCUCUUCAGGUCGUAAGACUGUACAUUGAUUCUUCAGACGGGAAGACACAGCCCUCUGAUGUCUCCGCCGCCGGAGAAGCCCGGCCGCCGCUGCCGCCGCCGCCGCCGCCGCCGCCGUUCAGGAAGGGCGUUUUAGCUGGCGUCAUCCUGCUGACUGGCAUCGCCGUGACAGUCGUCUACCUGAGGCGAUCCAAGCGGUGA